CUGCUACAGCGGAAGUUCGACGCUUCCUCAGUGCGCCACCAAAAUAUUCUGAUAGCUGCCGUUUAGCAAAGGCUAAUAUAUUUGCGUUGCUCGUCUUGUUUUGUUUACAAACUAACCGAACAAUAAGAGAGCUGCACACAAGGGUAACAAAGCUGGCUCCCCCACUGCCCACAGCCAUGCCUGCCCUCCUUGAGAGACCCAAGCUGUCCAAUGCUAUGGCCAGAGCCCUGCACAAGCACAUCAUGAGGGAGCGGGAGCGCAAGAGACAAGAGGAAGAGGAAGUGGACAAAAUGAUGGAACAGAAAAUGAAGGAGGAGGAAGAGAGGAAGAGGAAGAAGGAGAUGGAGGAGAGGAUGUCCUUGGAGGAGACUAAGGAACAGAUUAUGAAGAUGGAGGAGAAAUUGCAGGGCCUGCAGGAGGAGAAGCACCAGCUUUUCCUUCAGCUGAAGAAGGUGCUCCACGAAGAGGAGAAACGCCGGAGGAAGGAGCAGAGUGACAUGACAACCUUGACCUCAGCCACCUACCAGCCCAACAUGCCCAUCCACUCCGGGCAGCACGUGCUGAGCAUGCAAGGUAGUCCAGUGAGUCAUGGUCGUCCGGGAGCUCUGCUGGGAGAGCGCAGCAAACAGUUGUUCCAGUCCCCUGUUAUUCCUGGGCGUCACUUCCAGGCCCAGCCUGGCUUCAGUGCGGGGAGUUCGGAGCACGGCCAGUACACAUCAAGCCAGACCGCUCAUGGGCCCUUCGGGGUCAGCCAGCCGCAGCACGCUUCCCCCUACGCGCCGGGUCAGCCUGUACCGGUCAGCUAUGCCAGCAGCUCCCAGUUGAGAGGUGCAUCUGCGUUCCAGGCCAUGCAGUACCUGCCUCACCAGCAGCAGGCUUACACAGUUCACAGCCACUUCACCUCACAGCCAGGUUUCAUCUCCAGCACUGGGAUCCCUCUGCAGAAGCAGCUGGAACAUGCCAACCAGCAAUCAGGCUUUACUGACUCGAGCACCCUGAGGCCCAUGCACCCCCAGGCUCUACACCCCAGUGCUGCUGGUCUGAUGCCCAAUGCCUCCAUUGCUGUGCAGAUACCCCCAGCCAAGUCUGGCUUACCAUAUGCUCACCCACCACGCCCAGCCUCGCCUGGGGGCUUCACUCACGGGACCCCCCCACAGCAGACCCAUUCAGCUACCUUUCAGAGUUCCCCACAGUCAGCUCCUCGUCACGCCUACCUCUCACACAGCCAGUCAGGACAGAGGUUCUAUCACCACAGCAAGUAACAUUGUUGUGUCAAGCGAACAAAGGAGAGAAACGUCUCAGCAUUCUUUUUUGGUUCAUUGUGUCCCGAGUUCAACGUUCAGGACUGCUUAAUGUGAGAUUUGCAUGGCCGAAUUAUGUAUUCUGAAUUGCUGCACAGGGCAGGUUUGUGUUUUACAUCUUUUAUCAGACAGCAAAAAACUGCAAAUGGUACUACUUGUAAUUAUGUUCAAAUUGCAGAAAUGCCUCUUCUCAACUAGCAAAAUCUUUUGUAGAUAUCAUUGUCUGUAAAUAAAAAUCCAAAUAAGUACUGCCAUAUUUUUAGCAAAUUCAUAAUUAGUGAACACAAGUUUUAAUUGAAAGCCAAGGAUUUACUAUAAACCUUUGUAUAUACCUUUGUGUGUAAAUGCAAAACUACAGAAUGUAUUAUUGUAGGGUAUUAAUUGUAAAGCCUCCCCAAACUGUCAGAAGGUUUAUAUUAAAAAUCUAAAUUUUGUAUUUUACAAAUUGAUUGUGACUGCACUUGACAACAGCAAUGAGAUGGUAAAGUUUAUUUUCAUUUGAGAUGUAUGUCCUACAAAAUAAAUGAUCAGCAAAAGCAUAUCUUGAUUGUCCUGUCCAUGGCACUC